UAAUUACUCCAGCCUAUUUCUACCCUAAAAUAAAACUAUCCCUUGCCACCGGAAAAACCAUGGAGGGUUAUGAAGGAAGAACAGAUUUCUCCUUUCUGCCGGAAGGAGUAAUAGCUAACAUUUUGUCACUCACGACUCCGUUAGAUGCCUGCAGGUCGUCGGCUGUUUCCCGGGCUUUCCAUGCGGCGGCGCAGUCCGAUAUUGUAUGGGACAGAUUCCUGCCUAACGAUUUGGACGAUUUCAUUUGUCGGAGCAAACCUGGUGGCCUGAAUUUUGAUCCAAUUACGUGUUCUAAGAAAGAGAUCUUUUUCUCCCUUUGCAAUAGCCCGCUGCUCAUUGAUGACGCCAAGAAGAGUUUAUCAUUGGACAAGCAGAGUGGUAAGAAAUGCAUAAUGCUUGGAGCGAGGGAUCUUUCAAUUGUUUGGGAUGAUACAUCUGUCUAUUGGACCUGGGAAUCUCAUCCUGAGUCAAGGUUUGGAGAAGUAGUUGUUAUUGUAAGGGGAUGUUGGCUUGAAAUACGUAGAAAGAUAAGCAGUGGAAUGUUGUCUCCUACUACAACGUAUGCAACUUACAUUGUGUUCAAGAUGAGGGAACGUAAAUACUUUGGGUUCCAUAUAGAUUUUGUUGAUGCCAUGGUGGGAAUUGUUGGUAGUGAACACUCUGUGAAGACUGUUUGUUUGGAUUCUUAUAUGGAUGACGUUAUUAUGUUCCAACAUGUAUCACGAGCAGGGAGCAAUCAUCUACCAACGAAUAACAUGUCAAGGUUGGAAGGGCCAAGGGGGAGACAUGAUGGUUGGUUUGAAAUUGUGUUGGGAGAGUUUGAUAAUAAAGGUGGAGAUGAUGAAGUUGAAAUCAUUCUCAAGAAGGUUAGGUGUACUUUUUCCAAGAACAGCUUCGUUUUUCAAGGUAUUGAGAUUAGGCCUAAAAUCAACCCAGAAUAGAUGAACUCGAGUAAACUUCUUCAAACUCAUGUUAGGACUUUUAGUGUCAUGACAGGACAUCCAAAAACGUUGUUUUAUUUUGUAUGUAGAGAAGUUAAAAGAAACUCUACAGUAGAUUUUAGUCUGAUUGUUGCUAUUUGUUUUUUAUUAGUUAAGAACACGUGCGAUCCACAUGCCCGUGACAUUUGAGUGAGAUUUAUAUAAAUUGAAUAAGAUGCUUGAAUUUGGCCAAUCAAA